UAGCGCUGUGCUGUCAUGGCGGCCGCCCCCGUCCCCCUUGUUGUGCUCCUGCUGUGCGCUGCCGCGGGCCCCGUGCGGGGCUGGGACCGUCAGGGGAAGGUUUUGCUGAGGGACGUGCAGGCGCUCACUCUCCACAGAGGGCAGUACACCACGUCCCGGCGGACACCUGCGGUCCCGCAGCUGCAGUGCACGGGAGGCACUGCGGGGUGUUCCCGCGUUCCCGAGGUGGUUCAGUGUUACAACAAAGGUUGGGAUGGCUAUGAUGUACAGUGGCAGUGCAAAGCAGACUUGGACAAUGCCUACCGCUUUGGACACAUAGAAGUCAGCUGUGAAGGCUAUGAUUACCCGGAUGACCCUUACAUCUUGAGAGGCUCUUGUAGUUUGCUGUUCAGGCUAGAGCUGACUGAGGAAGGUGAAAGGAAAGUGAAGAGCUCUGGAAGCUUUGGCUCUAGCUAUUAUCAGUCAAGGCAAUCAGAUUCUUCUGAUUCUGGUUCUGGAGCCAUUGUUGUAAUAGUUCUUCUUGCUCUUGCUUUUGGAGUAUACAAGUUCUUCCUCAGCAACCAGCAGCCUCAGCAGAGUCCCGGUGACAGUGACGGUUUCUCAAGGCCUUUCUGGCAGAGUCAGCAGGCGCCUCCUCCUCCUGGCUUUAAGUCCAGCUUCACAGAUGACAACAGCUUUGGAAUGCAUUCCCAUCAUGGAACCAAUUCAGGACCAGGAUUUUGGACUGGAUUAGGAGCAGGAGGCUUGCUAGGCUACUUGGCAGGCAGUCACAGCAGAGCACAGCCACGUUCCCCGUAUCACAGCAUGUGGACAGAUCCCACAGCUGCACCUCCUAUGAAUGGGCACUCAAGCAAUUCCACACAAGGGAGCAGUUCAGGAACAAGAACUGCUUCUGGCUUUGGGGGCACGAAACGAAGAUGAAAUCCUUGAUGUUAUUACAUUGGAGUCAUUGAACUAAAUCUUCCUGUGCACUCGUAUUUAUUUUUAUUAAUAGUAGGCUUCAGAAGGGAAUGUGAAGUAUGAAAGACUGGGCAAAGAGUUCCUUUCUUUCUCUGUGGAAAUGUGGAUUGUCACUGCUGUGUGUAGGGUAUCACAGGUGCUGGAAUGUCCAUUAUUUCAAAUCAGCAUCUUCUCAUACAGAAUAAGCUCAUCCAAGCUAAGAAAAAUGAUGUUACAGUGACUACGUCUGUCUAUACUUGAGGGAUUAUGGCAAUGAUAGCCUUACCAGAUUUUUAAACAAGUAGCUUACUACGCAUGUUCUGGGCUUAAUUUCAUUUGAUCCAGAAUUUCUGACAUAUUUUUUCCACCUCUUUCUUGGUAGUCCAGCAUCCACUUGAUACCUAAGGAGUGUUGCUGUUUGAAGCUACUUUUGUUUGUUGUUUUAGAAUUCAUGUGAACUUUACUCUAAGUGCAGUCAGCUACUUAGAUAAGUGCUGAGUUUCUCUUUAGUGGAAAAGAGUAAAACUGUGUAGAGACUAACAUUAAUAUGUUUGUAUCUGUGCUGUGUGACUGUUGGAGCUAAAAUUUGGAGAUUUGAGGAUGCUCCAUGUUUUAGAGCUUAUUUAAGGUGACUGUGCAGACCUGGGGGAUUUUGUGUACAAAUUAGGGACAAAUAAAUAAGUAACCUGAAAAGAGACAAGAUGGUUUUUCUCUAAUUUGAACCUUUUUCUGGAAGACUGAGAUAAUAUAAAUUUAGGUAACACCAGACAUUUUGCCAGCAUUGAGGCCACAGACUUCGCUCUUAAUGGUGGAUGUUGGCAGUGCUGUGAAAACUUCUGAUGUGAAUGGUCUGUCCUGAUAGAUGACCUGUCCAGGGCACAGUAAACCAAAGGUGCUUAUUGCAAAGGGAAGGGAGUAUUCUUAAUGCAGAGCUGGUAGAAUCUCUAGAGCACAGCAGGCCUUGAUACUAAGCAAACAGGAAAACUGAAUGUCUAAUGGGAUGGAAACUUUACCCAGUAUUCUUUUUAAAAACAAAGUGCUGUUAGAGAGUGGGAAGCAGAGAGGUUUUAUUCUAUGAUAUUUUGGGGGCUCUAAGAAGUAUCAUACAGUUCUUGUGUGAUUGACACUGCCCUGGGAGAGGCAUUGCUGAAAAGGAAGUAGAGAAAUUUCUCAGGACUCUGGGAGGAGGGCAAGAGUGAAGGAUGGGCUGCUUGACCCCCAGGUCUUCUCCAGAGCUCAUCCUAAUAGAGUGCGUGUGCACAGGUUUUGUAUGCUGGCAGAGCAGGAGAAGCAUGGUUUUCGGCAUUGUGAAAGUACCGUGUCUGGGAACUGAUAUAAACUAUUACAGCAAAAGCAGAGCACUGUUUUGCUGAUACAAGUUGCACCUCCACAAGGAGAUUUAGCGGGUCUCAUUAGUUUCUAAGAAAGUGACUUCAGCAUAACUGAUCAGAAAGCAGUUGCGAGUACAGAAAGAAGUGGCUCAUAUGAUAACGCCCAAGUUCAGUGUCUGGCUUACUCAAAAUCAAAGAAGAAAACAAAACCAAA